AUGCGCUUUCAAGGCCUUUUGCCGGCGGCUACAUUAGCCAUCUCAUUAUACACCGGCAAGGUAUGUGCUUCUAAGCAUGGACGCUCUGAUCGGCCGGUGCACGAACCCUCGGUCCUAGGCAAGAGGGUUUCGAUGUCUUCGGAAGAGCCUCAACUCCGCUCAUACGAUCACUUUCGAUUUCUUAAUGACGAGACGAAGUCCUACCUUGUGGAGAGCUUGCCUGAUGUGCCAUUCGACGUCGGUGAACUGUACUCGGGAUCAGUGCCAAUCGACAAGGAUAACAGCUCGAGGACUCUCUUCUUUGUGUUCCAGCCCACAGUUGGGGAACCUGUAGACGAAAUUACAAUAGAGGUUAACGGGGGCCCAGGCGCUAGCUCCCUCGAAGGUUUCCUCCAAGAGACCGGCAGAUUUGUUUGGCAGCCAGGAACCUACACGCCAGUAAUUAAUCCGUAUUCCUGGGUAAAUUUAACCAACAUGUUGUGGGUUGAUCAGCCCGUUGGGACGGGUUUUUCUACAGGUGCACCCACUGCUACCACUGAGGAGGAGACCUCCAGGGACUUUAUAAAUUUCUUCAAGAACUUUCAAGACAUCUUCGGAAUCAAGAAGUUCAAGAUUUAUGUGGCCGGGCAGAGUUAUGCUGGACGCUAUGUACCUUACAUUGCUGCGACAAUGCUGGAUCAAAACGACAAGGAUUAUUUUGACGUCCGCGGGGCAUUGGCUUACGACCCGGUCAUUGGCCAGUUUGACUAUGUGGGACAACAAGUAUCUGCUGUGCCAACUGUGCUGCAGAACACCAAAAUCCUCAACUUCAAUGCAAGCUUUAUGAACGAGUUAGAGAGACUUCACAAAUCGUGUGGCUACCAGGAAUUCUUGGACGAAUAUCUUACUUUCCCCCCAUCGGGAGCCCAACCUCCGAAGUCGUUUGAUCCUAUCAGCGACGCUGAUUGUAAUGUCUUUAAUAUGAUCACUGAUGCAUCUUAUCUAGUCAACCCUUGCUACAACGUGUACGCCAUCAACCAGAUGUGUCCCAUUUUGUGGGAUGUCCUCGGAGGACCUACGAAGCUUCACGAUCUACCCGCUGGAGCCACGGUGUAUUUUGAUCGCGACGAUGUCAAGAAAGCUAUGCAUGCACCCAAUAUGACCUGGUCUAUGUCCUCGCUCCAGCCUGUCUUCGUUGGUGGCGACGCCGGAGUCGGGGGACUGGGUGAUUUGUCCGCCAACCCAAUCGAACGUGUUUUACCCCAGGUGAUCGAAGCCACAAACCGAGUUCUCAUCAGCCACGGAGAUUACGAUUUCAUUCUCCAGACCAAUGGAACCCUUUUGGCAAUCCAGAACAUGACCUGGAAUGGACAACUAGGGUUCCAGUCGCAACCGAGCACCCCGAUUGAGAUUGGCCUGCCGGACCUCCAGUAUGCGGGGGUGUUUGAAGAGAACGGUCUUGCCUCAUGGCGUAGCGGCCAGGGUGUAAUGGGCAUUCAACACUAUGAAAGAGGGCUGAUGUGGGCGGAGACAUUCCAGAGCGGCCAUAUGCAGCCUCAGUACCAGCCCAGGGUCGCCUACCGUCAUAUCCAGUGGCUACUGGGGCGGAUCGAGGAAUUAUAA